GUAUCUUUCUAUCAAUGACGUGGACUUUCAUUGUAAGAAUUUACUGCAGCCUCGCUACUUAUACACAAUAUAUUUGUCUGCGAUUUAAUGCGAUUUAAUAUAUUUGUCUGCGAUUUCUCGACUAUUUUGACAAUUGUCUAUAAAGUAGCCAUUCUUGUAGUAUUUAUUAGUAGGAAUAGAAGGUCUGAGACGUUUGAAAACGGUGGUGAAUUUCUCAGUGAAACAGCCCCCACCCAAAACUCAGGAUGAGUAAAAACAAGGUGUUGAAUCUGAAGGACAAAAUCGAUGGCAACGAGAUGGAUCUGAGCCUCUGUAACCUCACKGAAGUUCCUGUUAAAGAACUGGCUGCCUUCCCGAAAGUUACAGUCCUGGAUCUGUCCUGCAACAACAUCACCUCCCUGCCUCUGGAGUUCUGCAGCCUGAGCCACCUGGUCAAGGUGGACCUCAGUAAGAACCAGCUGACUGUUCUACCUGAUGAUCUGGGUCGCCUUGGCAACCUGCAACACCUGGAUCUGUACAACAACAAGCUGACCAUUCUGCCGGUCAGCUUCUCACAGCUCAAGAACCUGAAGUGGCUGGAUCUGAAGGACAACCCUCUGGAAAUCAACCUGGCCAAGGCUGCAGGAGACUGUCUGGACGAGAAACAGUGUAAACAAUGUGCUGCCAGGGUUCUCCAGCACAUGAGGAUCCUUCAGGAAGAGGUAGACAAAGAGAGGGAGCGGCGCCUCCUAAAGAACAAAGAACUGGAAAAGAAGAAAGAGACGAAACAGAGAGAGAGGGAGGCGAAAGAGAGGGAGGCUCGUAAACGAGAGAAGGCAGAGGGGAAGGAGAGGAAGAGGAAGGAGUACAACGCUCACAUGGCUGCCUUAGCUGUUCAAGAACAGAAGAAUAAGAGAAAGGAGGAGAAGAAAAAGCGGAAUGGACAGAUGGCAGCAGAUAAGAAAGCAGCAGCUGAAUCCACCCCCAAAGCCCAACGACGUUCUCUCAUUGGCCUGCUUUUCAAGCUCCUCCUCCUGGUGCUGCUGGGAUUGGCUGGAGUUGUCGGGGUAUGUCAUCUGACCGGGCUAAAGAAGGAGGCGGUGUGCGCGCCAAUCAACAUUGCUGUGGAUGACGGCCUAUCCUGGAUCCGGGAACAGGAAGUAGAUUUGAGGAUCAGAGAGCUGGUACAGGAAGUGGAUAUAAGAGCCAGAGAGCUGCUGCAGAAACUAACCUCUCUGGCGCCGCAUUUCCUCGAACCGCUCGGCAUGGCACCCAGGGCAACGGAACCUGUGGAAACGUUAGAAAACUGAGUAAGGAAGGAAGGUAGGACUGACGAGAAAAAAAGAAAGAUAGACGACCAGCUUAAAUUCCUAUGGAAUUGUCCUUUCGUCGCUCCUGGUUUCCUCUGUUUUGUAUGCUCUCUUUUUAACCAGUGGAUGUCUGUGUCACAAGUUACUCACACCCCAGU